GCCGCCGGCGAGGUAAGAAGUGACGCUAAGCGCAUGUACGAUAAGCCUUAACGGUUCGUCGCGAUGAGUAAACGGUUAUUGAGUGGACACGAGGUGGAACAGGUGGGCGAAGAGGAGCUAAAAGAUAUUGACUACGACAUUUUCCGCCACGGAAUGGUCCGAAUUCUGCCCGAGGGGUGGCUGUACCCAAGCACCGCGACCACCUUCCUCGACAAGAUAUACAACAUGGAGUUUCGGCCAGACGACAUCCUGCUGGUGACCUUCCCAAAGUGCGGCACCACCUGGAUGCAGGAGAUCAUCUGGGCAAUGAUUCACAACCUAAAGCUAGACGAUCCAAUGACGAAGCUCGAUUGGCUAUUCCGUUGUCCGCAACUUUGUAUGGAUAUGUUGCGUGACAAAAUACCGGCUGAUGACCAUCCACACCUGCCGGACCAGGCGUUCAAGGAGAUGUACCCGAACAGGAAGAGUGAAGAUGGUUUAUUUCUACUAUUAGCAGAAGACCUUCCCAGUCCUCGCCUCAUGAAGACCCAUUACCCGCUCACCCUCUUGCCGAAAAGUAUCCUCGAGAAAGUAAAGGUUGUGUACGUGGCAAGAAACCCGAAGGACGCGGCUGUAUCAGGGUUCAACUUCAGCAAGAUGAAUGGCCGCCUUCAGUCUGACGCCGACAAAGAUAAAUUCUACAACUCUUUCAUGAAAGAUAAUUUCAUGUAUAGCCCGUACUGGCCGCACGUGAAGGAGGCGUGGGAGAAGAGGCACCACCCCAAUCUGCUCUUUGUCUUCUACGAGGAUAUGAAAGCCGACAUCAUGAAGCAGCUGGGAAGAGUUAACGAGUUCCUUGGAACAGCCCUCUGCCAGGAGACCCUCGAGGCCACGGCGCAAUACACCUCCUUCAAGGCCAUGAAGUCUCGAGGCAAUCAUCCACUUGCAACUUCACUCAAAGACAGUGCAGAUAUUUUUUUCCGUAAAGGUGCGACAAGGGAAUGGAAGAACCACUUAUCGCCGAAGAUACAGGAGGAGAUGGAUGAGUGGAUAAAAAAUAACGUGGCCAACACGGACCUAAGCCUGAGCUGGGCCUUGGGGCAGUGAGGUUUGUCGCUGCUGGCGCCUGCGAGUCACCAGCCAUAUCGGUGACCACAUUUUCAGGCGUUCGUCUCCUACUUUCAGACUUUUCAGUUAUAUAGUCUUCAGGAUUACGAUCAAUUUUUGCUUUUCAAAAGUUUUCUUGGUGAAGUCUGUACGUCAGAGACGAUAGAUUAGUUUGGUGUACCAUACCUGCAGGUUUUUUGUUAUUAGGAUUAUUAUAAAUCCUGUUUGCUGUUUGUUUUGUUGCAUGCACGUUGCGUCGCGUCCCGUUGACCCACAACACAGCAGACGGCAGCGCCUCGCUCACUGACCGCCAGGAGAGGAGGCUGGCGCUGAUGCCUCCUCUCCGCGCUGGUUUCCCGGGCAUGUCGAAGCUAUGUGACCGAGGCGGCGGCAGGGGUAACAGCCUACGUCACGCCGCGCAGGGCGACGGGCAUUCUUUUCCCACUUGCCAGCGAGGUAAUUCCCAGGGCGAGCCAUGCAGUCCCUAGCUAAGAAGUAUGAAGAACGAGAUUUAGAAGGAAAGAAAAGAAAGGAAAAUAUCGAAGUGAAUGGCGGGAUCGAGGAAACAGCACUAGACAAAAACAGGAAACAUCAUCGAGAGGAUAAACCUUAAGACA